AUGGCUAGCCUGCUCAGUGUAAGACCCCAAGUAAGUCUUAUAAAAACAGAUACAUACGAAGGUAUUGGCCAGCGACUAAUUGGAUUUUGUGUUUAUGUUUCUGUUGUGGUUCGACGGUUUGCCACUGGUGACGUUUUUCGUUUAUUUGCAGUAAACAUUUUCAAUCUUUCCAGGCCUCGUUUGAUUAAGUUGGCCAAAAUAUGGAAGCCACUAUUACUUCUUUAAGAUUGCGCGUUAGACAAGGACGGUGCACCACGUGUUUUGUCGACCUGUUAUAAGAUCUAACAAGGAAAGCUUGAACUUUCCUGGUGUCCUUAUUCGAAUGAUGUAUAGGAUGGAUGUUACGAUUUGCGGAAAUUAAAUACUUUUUAAUAAUGGCUCGUUUGUGUCUAGUGUGUCUAGAUCCUAUACUCUGACAGUGCUCUGUCCAGCGGCACAUCCCCGUAUUGGCCAUAUAAGGAAGUACACCCACCGGGUAACCAUUGAAUACAAACCACCUAGUACAAUAGCAAAGUUUAAAAAUACAGCAUUUCGUAAGUCAGAUAACUAAUCAACAUUAAUUUUAAAAAAAAAUGUUUAAGACUGUGAAUAAAGUUAAAUGGUUUGAAUGAGCGGAGAUGUUACGUGCUAGCAGACGUCAUCAUCUUUGUUUAUGAAGUACCAUGCAUAUUUUGGCAUUAUAUUAGUGUUGAUGAAGUAAGUUUAAUUUAUACUCUCAAAAAAUUGUUACAAAGUGCGAUGGAAUUAUUACAAAUUGCGACAGCUUAGUUUAUUACAAAAUGCGAUGGACAGUUAUUACAAAUUGCGACAGCUUUUUUAUUACAAAGUGCGACACGGUUUAUUACAAAAUGCGACGGGUAUUACAAAGUGCGAUGAUUAUUACAAAUUGUGACAGCACACAUGACUCUUGAACCUCACGGCCUAAACCGCCUUGACGAAUUAUUGUAAUCCAUAUCCUCAUUAUUUUUGUUUUCUAGUUUUUGUGUUGUACGUCAUUUCCGCCUCUCCCUUUCAUACAAUUUUUACUGCGACAUUCUCCAUCUAUAUAAUAUUGUGAUUCCUACGUCAGUUCAGUAACAUCUGUAAACCCGAAGAAGGCUGGUAUGGCCAGCCGAAAUUUCGUUAUGAAAAAACAAUAUACGUUCUGAAUCAGCUUUGCAGUAGUUUUUGGACUUCUCGUUUUUGGUUCUUUUUAUUUUGGCUGAUUAGAUAUCUUUUCUAGACAUCCACCUAGCAGGAUCUUCGUCCACGGUUUUUGUACUUAAUCUAAUCCUUUAUUAGUAAGGUCGGAAGUCUUCUUUUAAUUGGGCCAACUUUGAAUUAUAAGGAUAAAGGCGGACUAGAAAAACAUUUAUCUACGUUAGUAAUACAGUUAUGAACCGUUCGCAGGUCCAAUGACUGUCUACGACAUCGGUCUAUUAAAACACAAAGACGUAAACAUGAAAAAACCUUUUUCAUAAGUGGAAUCCCCUGAAUUUUGGAUUCGAACGUGAUUCCAGCAGCGGAAAACAGAAUGUUUUAUGAGGCAUAACGGAAAAUGAAUUUAUUUUUUUUAGACUCAGACUUUCGUAGUAUAGUUUGAGUAAACAAGUUGCACAUAACGAAAACAUUUCGUUCCUCUUUGAAAGAAAAAGCAGCUGAAAUGAGGCGUAACGAAUGUAUCGACGAUUUUUGUUCCAACUACAGCACAAUUUUACAUUACAAAAGACUUGCAUGAGCUUUACCUGCAACUUUACCUUCAAAUAAAAUCAAUUAUUAAAAGCUCGUAUUUUUCAUCAUUCCAUUUUUCAUUUCCUUUUUCUAAAAGGCGCGAGUUUAUUAACCUCUAGUUCUUUUUGAUCAAUCGUCUUUCAGGCGAUUUAACACGCAUGUCGCUCAAACGUAUUAACACCUGAUUAAGUCGAACUCUUUGAUUUAUUUCGAGGAAAUGCUCUACUUUACGCCGUGCCAGGCGCCGUGCAAUGGUUUAUUUUGUUCUCUUGUCGCAAAGUUGCCAAGUAGAAAAUUUUCUGACAUCUGACAUAAAAAACACGAAUACUAUUUAAACAAUUUCCGCCUGCAGAUUAACCCCAGGUUCACAAUCAUUAAUGAGAUUCAGCUCGAGCGACACUUCAUUUAAAAGCCGUGAGAUUAUAAUACGUUCGUCUUUGAUAAUAAUUUUUACUGCUUUGCCUCAUUUUUCGAACGACAUAUUAAACGACUUUGGUGCAAAAACAUUACUUAUUAUUGGUAGAAGUAAUACAGCAUUAAGCCGCAUUAUUCACGCAAUGAAGUAUGGAUUCUUAAAAGCGCAUUAACCAUUCUUCUGUGUAAUGCAUAAUGACACCGUUGCCAAGGAAACUUCAAACGCUCCUCGCAUACAAUUAGGGAAAAUGAGAAUUUACUGACUAAAGAGGCCGACACCUCUUUUUUUAUUGUCUACACUUUUCUUUUCUUUGGUUCUUUGACAGCAGACAGCUGAAGUGAGAAGAAUUCGUUUUAUAUAUAAUUUUUCUUCGGUCGUCACCAUCCCCUCGAUUGUUACCAUUUUGCGAUCGCUUUUCGUAGGAGCUUUUCGUCUCAUUUUUGGAUAAGCCUACGACUGGGACUUUGGGUACGGCUGAAUUCCCCGGGAAUAACAACACUUUUCCUGUUUCUCAGUGGUAAGAAGCCUGUAAAAUUAAUAUUCUUGUAAAAAGCGUAAUCAAAAUGCUGCAUUUUCUUUCCCGCAAACAGCUUUAAUUUUUUAUAGCGCUGUCCGCUGCUUUAAUACGAACUUAUCGCACGAUAUCUCGGCAACGGUUGUCACUGAGAAAUUGCUUGGUAAUAUUGAGGGUGGAAUCGUCAUUUGUUUUUCGUAUUGAAAUCUAUCACAACAGCGGUGAAAACUAUUUUCCUGUGACGUUCAUGUCUAUAAAAACGUAGAAACUUAACCAAAAAUUAACUUGCGAACCCAUAAAAUCAAUUUUGUACGAAAUGGUAGCAGUUUUCUCGCCAAUGCAAAGGCAUUCAGUCAGUGUUCAGUUUGACUUGCUGACUAAACAACGCGUUCUUUUUUUAAGUCUCCGUUUUUCGUAGCGAGCACUACAUGGUGAAAAAUUAGUUAAUUAAAUUCUUAGUCGUAGUUACGUCAUGGAUGGUCAGAUCAUAAGCGACUUUCGUCAUCUUCCACGAACAAUAUUUGCUUUAAAGUUGAAAUCGCAAACUAAACAAUUAUUUGAAGCUUAGAAUUUACUGAAAUAACCUUCGUUGGGAAAUUACUAAUAUAUAGAUUUAGCCAGGACUAAAAGCGAAGCUCUCGAUCAUAUUUAUAGUUUGGUCAAAAAAAUCAUAAACUCGUGUAAUGCUAAGCGGCGAAGGCAACGCCGGAGAACGGUAAAAAAAAAACGAUAUGUCUAAUUAGCAAAAAAACAACUUUGCACGUGCAGCACACUGGUAUGCCUGUGGUGCUGAAAAUCGCCAAAUGUUGGCAAUUUUUUCAGGGGUUGAAUUCUAAAUAACUUUAUUUAAAGUCAGAAAAAGAAAGAGAAAGUCGUUGUCUUGAGUUCACAUCCCCGAUAAGAAGAGAAAUUAGGGCCUGUUUACAUGGCGUGGGGGACCCCCGUCUUGUGGGGUUGGUUUCUUUUGUUUUCACGCUCUGGGGGACACAAAACAAAAGAAACCUACCCCACUAAACCGGGGUCCCCCACUCCAUGUAAACAGGGUCUAAGACCCUGUUUACAUGGAGUGGAGGACCCCGGUCUAGUGGGGUUGGUUUCUUUUGUUUUCACGCUCUGGGGGGCACAAAACAAAAGAAACCUACCCCACUAAACCGGGGUCCCCCACUCCAUGUAAACAGGGUCUUAGUCAGUUUUACUUUUGGAGCCUUGCAGAGACGAGCGUGAUGCACGUGCAAAGUUGUUGUUUUGCUAAUGUAAACCUAUUGCUUUCUUGCAGUUUUCGAUGCCGUCGCCGUAUUCGUAGUCUCCCACGCAGGCGUUUUUAGGGGAGCUCGUAUUUCUUCCCUCCCCACAAACGCCUGCUCAACUGAAGACAACAUUCCUUUCCCAAGCUUAGCCAAUCACAUUGUACUUUCCAAAUUCUGAAAAUCUGAUAAUUACUCGAUCUGCAUUAAACACUGGGAAAGCUUUCUGACCAGCAAUAAAUGUUAGAUUCAGAGCGGCAAAAAUAAGAUUUAGUCAAAAUUCAGAAUACUCCGUGCACUGCAUAACCUUAGCGAAGGAAAGAAAAGAAGGAAAACGGUAACUCUAGGGUCACGUUCAGUCGUGUUUAGCCUGUCAACACUUUAUUGCACAAUUGUUGAUUUGUCACUUACCACGCAAAUAAAACAACGAGAAAGGAAUGUUGUUUUCCGUUGAGCAGGCGUUUGUGGGGAGGGAAGAAAUACGAGCUCCCCUAAAAACGCCUGCGUGGGAGGCUACCGUAUUCGUUGCUUAAGCUCCCUAAUUUUUCGAAAAGAACACAUCCAUAAAAUAAACUAGAAACUCAUUUCCUAGGCGUAGCUUAAGUUUAUUUUUAUUCUGAGACUACCUGAAAUUAGAAUCGGUUGAGCAGGAAUAGUUACUUUUCCCUAAAGGCCAUUAAUAGACCCUUGCACGUUUUUUUUAACUUUUGACUGGGACAAGGUAGUUGGCGAAAAAAUGUCAACAUGGCUGGAAAGAGCGCCUUAAAAUCAGUGAAGCUGCUAAGUUUGAAAGUAGGUCAGGCCUUCUUUACAGUAAGGUCAAUAGAUAUUCGCUUACUGCUCAGGCUCCAGUUGUUUAAAAGGUAGAUAGUACUAUCCACCGGAUAAAUCUCUAUCCAGUGGAUAGCGUAAUUGGCUCCCCUAAUAUUUAUCCAAUGGAUAGUGAUUUAUCUGGUGGAUAGCGCUAUCCAGCUUUUGAACAACUGAGGCCAGUACCAAAAGUUGAAACAAAACCGUGAACGGGUCUAUUUUACCUCUAAAAGUUAAGACGUAGCCUGCGGACAAGGACGUAUUCUCCGGUCGUCGCUUGAAAUACGUCUGUGUCUGCAAGCUACAAUCAUCGUCAAAGUGUCGGGAAGGACGCUACUUUUUACCUCUCUUUUUUAAAUUUUGCUUUCUUCCCCCGCCCCUUGGCCAAUGUUGAGCAAAACGUUUAUGCUUGUUACAUUCCAACAUUGAAUAGGGUCGGGGGGUGGGAGAUAAUAACCGAAAGGAUUGAGGAUUAAAAUGGACUACUGUUAAGUUGGACAAUCCUCCCGACUACUUUUGUCUGGGAUUGUAGUUACGACGAAGCUAUUGCAGAUAAUGAAUGAGUGCGCACUAGGACACCCCGGGUUCCAGCUUUCUUAAGAGCGUUCUCUCCUGGCAAGCACAAGCACAGAAUUGUCAUCAAAAAAACGACUUAGUGAUUUAAAAAAGCAACCGUUUAAUCAUCUUCUAAUUUUAUUGCAUUCUGGUACGUUCAAAUAUUUACAGACACAUACAAAAAUAGAGAAAUUUUCUUGUGUAAAUUUGUAAUUUCUUUAAGGUAAGUUUGGUAGCCAGUUCUGCUUAGAUCGCAUUACGAAAUCGCUGCCAAGUUAACUAUUCGUCAUGCGAGAUCCGUGCCUUGCUCCUAGGUCAGAAUUUAUCACCAAUCACAAGUGCUGUUAUAUUCGAAACGAAUCCUUGGUAUUACUUAUGUAUUGGGUUCGCUCAAAAGAAGCUUCUCCAAUCAUGAUUCUUGGUAUUGAUCCCAAUAGGGUAUUUCCAUCUUAAUACUGAUGUCAUGACACGUCGAAACUCGUGUUUUCAACAAUAUUUUUAUUAGUGUUCACUAAACAAAUUUUUUUGAAAAUAAUUGUUCUUCUUGCCUAACAUCUGUCUGAUUUAAAUUUGUCACAUCCUUUAUGAAACGGCAGCUGUUAAUUCAUGUUAAUUUUCCUACUGUCCAACUGAAAAUCUACUUUUCAAAGAAAAAAAGAAUCACCAGCAAUAAUCAUCUGCGGAUUCUCUUUUUUUCUUUUAAUUUCCAGAUAAAAGUAUCGAUUUAUUAUCCUCGCCGCCGACGAAUACUAUUUUUUUCCUCUGGAAGUUCAACUCGGCUCUUCUUAAACAACUGGGAUUGCAAAUUGCUUUCCAAAGGAUAGUGCACAUGACAAAAGCUUCGUUUAAUUUGAUUGGCUAGCGGUUGAAGGCGAUUUCCAGUGUUAUUUAGAAAGUUGUCUCAUUUUAUGCGCCUGUAAAUCUUAAGUUGUCCUUGAAACCUGACUACAUCUUGGUUAAAACUGUCAAAAAGACAUAAAAUUCGGUUGGAAAUCGCUCCUCUACACCCUCGACACGAAAAGAACAUUUCGUUAGAGCAUCUCUCGAUGAAAGACGCAUUUUCAAACCUAUUUAGUUACAGGUAUUUUCAUCUACCGACAUUGAACUGUAGUGUAGUAAAAAUGUCCUAUAUGUUAUUCUUUGCCGAAAAAAUAAAAAUCCGGAGAAAAUUUUGUAUUUUCUCACGAGGUUUUUAGAUAACAACAAAGUUAGGGAGUUUUCUUUUCCGAAUUAUAUAUAUCCAAUGUAUUUAUUUUCACCACUGCAACAGGAUGUAUACAUACUUUUUAUUACCGGCGUUAACUAGAUAAAUCGUUCCCGCUGGUAUUAUUUCUUCUCUAAACAUAUAGAGUAAAGAUGAGACGUUUUCUUUUUUAAAAAUGUUAUGAAACCAAAAAUAUUUAAGAAAAACUUUCCCACCAGCCUUCAUUGUAUAUUAAUUUUUUAUCAAAAGACGUUUUUUUGGAACUUUCAUUUUAGCAAUGUCUCAUCAAUUUUAGUUUAUUUUUUGGUUUUAGGCAACGUUUAACGGGGGCUCGGCUUUCAUUUAGCAAAGAGCUAUGCAAAUCUGGAUUUAUUUGGUAAGUACUGUCUAGAGCUGAUCUCGAAUAGAACACAAAUGAAUUUGUACUCUAAGCUAAUGUAACGAAUUGCGCUUGAUUCUUAACCUCCAAGGAAAUUUGCCGGUCGAUUCGAAAAUACAGCCGCUGUCUUUUGGCCACUGAGUUAUUAGAUACACCCUUAUCCCAGAAAAAAAAAAAUUCAAUAUUACUCGAUAUUUAAACGAAAACUUUCAUGUUAGAAUGAUAUCGGUUAGCCUAGAGCCUUGUUGUUUAAUUUUUCUCCGGUAAAAUUUUUACUUUAGCUUUUGUACGAAAUUAAAAAUAAACAAUCAUGCAUGUGGCUCAAUUAUUUCAAUUUUGCAUAAGGGUUUUGCUGUUUUAACGCUUCUACGUUGUUUAACAUAUUCUGUUACGGAUCACUUCAAUUAAGUUAUAUAUUCAGUCUUUAUUGGUUUCAGUUCAGCAUUAUUCGAGGCCCGUCUGAUUCGUCAACGCUUUUCUUAUUAUUGAGACAAUGAUUUCUCUGUUUUUCACGCAAUUUUUAAUUACAUGCUUGUAGAAAUUCAAAGCAUGGUUGAGAAAACCUCGUUUCUUUUGCUUCCAACUGUUGAACAUGAUCUUACGGUACAAAUCCGUUGGAUUAAAAACCGGAUGACAUUGACGAUAAUUACAAAGUGAAAUUGCUUUAGAUUUCUCGCCUUAUCGUUGCUUCCUUUAAUUCAGUUUUGCUUUUGUAUUCUUGUAGGUGAUUUUUUUGUGGCGAGCCCCCGUAACGGCUGCAAAGCCUUACAAGCCGCAUAACAUUGUAAAGAGGGAAAUAAAAAUACGACCUUCUACAACACUUUUAAGAACAGGAAUUGUGUCGGCUUCUUCAGAAUCAGCUUCAGUAACAGGUAGAUAAUCAUAGUCAUUGGUAUUUUAAAUCUCCUGUUUCUUUUCUCUCAUCAGAAUGUUUAAUGCUUAUGUGCGACACAGAUCUUAUAGACUUGCCCUGAAAAACUGCAGGAAGAAAAGAUGCAAGAUUUUGGCGACGGGGUUUUAGAGUUUUCCGUUUGGGUUGACAAGCGUUAGCUAAGGGACGGUUUCUAUCUGGAGGGAGGAAAAAAGACCCGAUGGGUUGCGGGACGGGAAAACUGUUUUCCGCGGUCAUUGUAUUACAGACAACGCUUAAUUGCCCAUCUAAACUAUUCCAGAAAUUAUUGAAAUCAUUAUGGAGUGGGCAAUCACUAUGGUACCAAAAACGAGAAGUCCAAGGAUUACUGCAAAGCUGAUUCAGAACAAGGUGUAUUGUUAUUUCAUAACAAUAUUUCGGCUGGCCAUUACAGCCUCUUCAGGUUUACAGAUGUUACUGAACUUCUGUAGAAAUCACAAUAUUAUAUAGAUGGAGAAUGUCGCAAUAAAAAUUGUUUAAAAGGGAGAGGCGGAAAUAGCGUACAACACAAAAACUAGAAAGGAAAAAUAUUAAGGAUGUGGAUCACGAUAAUUCGUCACGGUGGCUUAGGCCAUGAGGUUCAAGAGUCAUGGGACGUGACUCAGUUCGUAAGGGGAGUCGCAUUUGAUAGAUAAGGCCAUGACUCUUGAACCUCCUCGCCUAAACCACCGUGACGAAUUAUUGUAAUCCAUUUCCUCAUUAUUUUUCUUUUCUAGUUUUUGUGUUGUACGUCAUUUCCGCCUCUCCCUUUUAAACAAUUUUUAUUGCGACAUUCUCCAUCUAUAUAAUCUUGCGAUUCCUACUGUAACAUAAGUUCAGUAACAUCUGUAAACCUGAAAAAGUCUGGUAUGGCCAGCCGAAAUAUUGUUAUGAAAAAACAAUACACGUUGUUCUGAAUCAGCUUUGCAGUAGUGUUUGGACUUCUCGUUUUUGGUUCUUUAUAUUUUGGCUGAUUAGGUCUCUUUUUGAGAGAUCCAACGUUUACAACUAGCAGGAUCUUCGUCCACGGUUUUUGCAGUUAAUUUAAUCACUAUGGUCUCUCAAACAGCUCUUUUGCCAAGCGUGGAUUUAGGGGUGGGCCGAGGGGGCCCCGGCCACCCCUUUUUGUUUGAAAUUUUGUAUUCUUUUAUAGAACUCUCAGAACUCUCAGCAUACUAUAGAAAGACCGGUAGCGUAAGUUAGCUAUCUACUUACGCCUGAUUCAAUGGCCUUAAAUGUUCAGUUUCUUAUAUUUUGUCUUUAUAUUGUUGUUAAUGGCGUCAAAAGAAAUUCCGUGAUUGCAUUUAGUUAAGAAAUGCUUAACCCUUUAUGGUUGGUCGGAAAAACCCGCCCCAUUUUCCAAGUCAAUAACUGGUGAAGUUAACUUCCUCGUCCUUAGAGCCUACUAAAUCUGAUUUAUUUCUUUUUCAGAGCCUAUUGCUUUAAGUGUUACGCAUUCUGCAAUAAUUGUGACGCCAAGUGCUUCUAAAAGAACUACACACAUAAUAAACAGUGCAUCUAUCAAAGACAAAAACCAGUUUCAACUUGAGGUUGAGAGCCUUGCUACAGAUACACCUCAUUUUAAACAAGACAGCAUAGCUCACCCACAAGCUGAGGCUCUUUAUGAACAGCAGUCUGAGUCAGAACUAACAACAGAGCCCCAAACAGUAUCAGAAGGGGCAUCGGAGCCCCAAGCCGAACCAGAAACAUGGCCCGAGCCUGGGCCUGAGUGGAAAAAGGCCUUCAAAAAAUGGAAAUGGGCCUGGCAUAUUCACGUGUAUGUUUUUGCGACUGCUUUUCUCUUUAUUGGUUUUUAUGCUGGAUAUUACGUCGUGUUAAACAUUUACGACGGUUUGGGCGGCAAACAUCUCAGUGUGUGCUUGAACGCCAUGGUUUUUCUGUUCGGUAUAACCAGAGCCUUUGUUAUGUUUUUGGAUCCUUAUCACCAAGGUAACUUAAUAAGUGCUAUAUUUGUAAUGCGUCUUUUGUGGUCCAUCGGAGGACCUUGUUUGACGGCUUCGGACUCUCUGAUAAUAUUGGCCCUGAUAGAGACCUCGAGAGUAUCUAUAGCACCACCCAGAUUCCAAAAGCUCAGGACAAUUUCGAUAAUCAUCGCAAUUCAUUUCGUUCUUGUUAUCGUCUCCGACACAGUAGUGUCUACAUACAUGGAAGCAAAAGUCAUGAUUUUAAUGUGCCAAGUCUUUUUCUCAGUGUGGGGCAUAACUCUUGGAGCUGGCUACGUCCGCCUCGCUUAUAAAAUGAACAAGCAACUUUUUAGUCACAAGCAAGUGAAAGCUAAGGCGGACAAGAUUUACAUUUUCCUCAUCUACGCCUCUGCAGCAGCCAAUUUCUUUAUUUGCGGUGUUAUGAUCUACACUAUGGUGAGUGUAUUUGGUGUUUAUACGGACAUAACCUUUGUAGACGCAUGGCAUUGGUGGACUCUACAAACUUUAUUUCGCGUAGGCGAGGUCGUUACCUGCGUUCUAAUCUUCACUGUGAGCGCCAAGAGAAGUCGUGUUAAGUCGGCAGCGGAUGAAAUCUACUCGGAAUUUGAUUCACAGUCCCAAGCAUUUGAAUCCUCUUCGUGCUCUUUGGUGUUACAAGCUCUACAACAGUGUUGGUUGAAAUUCCGAAAAAGAAAUAGGGUCAUCGAUAGAAGUGAUAUUGGCGCUGAGACUACUGUCGCUUCAGUAGUCACAAAGGCAAAUUCUACAACCAGGGCCUCUCCUAGCGAUGAAGGUGAUGAGUUCCCCCCUUCAUUUCAGGCAUUUCGAGCAAGGGGAAGGGGUAGAAGGCAAAGCCUGUUUUCCCACAUGCAGGAAGCGUCAAUUGAGAACAGAAUUUCUAAGCUGGAAGAGUCACCAGCUAUAGUGCCUUCUAGUCGGACCAGAGGCCGUAGACAAAGCCUAUUUUCUGCGAUGCAUGAAGCUAGUAUCAACAACGCAAUCUCUAACUUUGCUAAUGCAUUGGCUCAAGCCCAUACAAACACUGUCGCUUGUGAAUCUUUAGAUGAACCAGACUUGGAGUCGAGCCAGGAGCCUCCUCCUUUGCCUCGGAGAGGCCGGCGUAUGAACGUGUUCUCGACGCUUCAAGAAACAAAACCAGAGAAAGUAAUAGGUCGUUCAGCAAAGAUGGAAGACAUUAAAGAGGAAUCUGUCCUCGAAAAAGAAAAUGAACCCAUGAAAAGGCCUCCGUUUUUAAAAAAGCGGAGUUCGGAACGCCUUCGUCAGUUAAUCCAAAGUUUUCUUUCCAGUAGUGAAAGCGAAAGCCAGCAAAAGCAAAAGAAUGCCGUGAGAGUGCCUGAGCCUAUUGAAAGUGAAGGCAACUCAGAGGACUCAAAUCCUAUUGCAGUUGAGUACUCUUGA